AUGCAACGCCUGAGUUUUAUGCAGAAUUGGCGACGCCCUUCCCAGGCCGAACAGUCACACGACCCGGUUCUAACGACCGACGACGAACAGUUCCUACAGACUAUUACCUCUCAGCAUACAGAGGGGGAAUCAACAUUGGCCGCGAAGACAGACGAAAAUGUUCGACCGUCAGUUGACGCUGUUAGCGCCGAAGCGGAGAAUGUUCCGGUACCGGUUUCACCCAUCGAGGAAUUUGGGAAAGAACUAGGAGAGGAAGAGCGCAAGGCGAGCGAGAAGGCCGAUAUACCUCGGCGAAAUUCGCAGUUUUCCAAAGCAGAGAGCGCGUCUUCCCCUGAGAAGAAGGGAGCCUGGAGUUGGCUGCGCAGAAGAGGCACGAUUUGGAAGAAGAAGGGCAAGGAACCGGCCAUCGAUGAGCACAACAAUUCACAAACCCCUCCAUCCUCCGAACCCACCGACACCAAGGAAGCAGAACAAGAGGCGGAAGACAUGACGGACAUCUUAGAGCGUCUCAACCUAGCGGCGGAUAACAAUACUGUAUUUUCUAUGGGGGCGGAAACUCAAGAGCUUCUGCGCAAGUUCACUCUCAUCUUCAAGGAUCUCAUAAAUGGCGUACCUACCGCUUACCACGACCUGGAAAUGCUGCUGAGCAAUGGCAACAAUCAGCUGCAGCAGACAUAUUCACAAUUGCCAAGUUUCCUACAGAAACUGAUUGAGAAACUGCCUGAGAAAUGGACCGAGACCCUCGCUCCAGAGGUGCUCGCUGCGGCUACCGCGAAAGCCAGUCAAAGCGGUCUCAAUGUUGAGAACGUGGGCAAGGCAGCAGCGGCAGCGAAGAAGAUGGGCAUUAAGGUCCCAAGUUUGAAGGAAUUGGUUGGGAAGCCCGCGGCCAUUGUGGGCAUGCUGCGGUCCAUCAUGGCGUUCUUGAGAGCACGCUUCCCUGCCAUUCUCGGAAUGAAUGUGCUCUGGUCGUUAGCUUUGUCCAUCCUUCUGUUUGUCCUCUGGUAUUGUCACAAGCGUGGCCGAGAGGUGCGCCUGGAGAAUGAGCGCAUCGUGACCGAGGAGGAGAUCAACAAGCUGAAUGAGGAGUCCCCGGAAGAAAGGAUCCGUGCUACAGAGACGCUUGUUACUACGGCGCCUUCAGGGGCUUCUGCUGCUGAAGUCCGCCAAGGCGUCAAGGAAGCGCAGGAAACCCGAGCAACGGCGACUGCUGCCGCGGAGGGGGACCAGGACGGGAGCACAAUGACAUCCCCCGUGAAGCCAGCCAGGUCCAAAUCAAUCCUGAAUAUUUGGACCAGGUCCCAAACCGCUCCAACACCCAAGAUCGAACCUUAUCCUGGGACAUGA